GCAUCUCAACUGCUUGACUCCCGUCCUGGUACUCGGUACCACUUGGCCCUAUGACAGCUGUCAUGCCAUUCCAUUAUAGCGGUUGAAUAAAUAAUAGGUGGCGACUUUAACUUGGCUUCGCCUUCGGGUGACGACAAUUGCUGGAAUCAUUAUGCACGCUAUUCCCUCCAAGGUAACUAUCAAAGACUGGGUGGUCCAUCUCUCCCAAUGACCUGCAUGCACGCAUCGUGUUCGCAUUGGGAUCAUCGUUGCAGUGGUUGCGAGAGAGUGUUUUUUUCAGCCCUCAAUAGUCCGCUACCGACCCUCACCACUAGCAACAAUAACAACAACUAUUUGGAUAGACAAUUCGACCCACUAUUAUCAGCUACUAUGAUGAAGCUCCUCUUCCCCAAUUGGCUUUUGAUAUCGGAUAUCCUUGGACGCCCUCCACAUUUCCAGAUCUUUCUGCACCCCUUUUGCCUCUCGGCAUAUUUCCAACUGUUCAAGGGCAUGGGUUCACUACCAUAUGUCAAAGCUGAUCGAGAUUGCACUCACGAACUAUAUUACAUUUUCCGUCUAGUCAUCCAUAUCAGGGCGUCAGUGGACGGCACAGCUUCCAAUUGCCUAGCCACAAAACGCCAUCAACACUGUUCAGGACUAUCUGAGUCCCAGAGAAGCAUUUCCAGUUUAUUUUGAACAAAACAGGCACGAGCAAUAAUCUCUCGACCUCACUAGCCCCCGAUCACCACACCACUUCUCCCGAUCGCACUACUAUCUUCAUCGGGCAACCUAAAAU